UGUCUUCCGCAUGGCACUUUACGCUUCCUCUACAAAGAGAAAUCAGACCUGCUCUCCAACUUCUCCUUUCUGACAAUGACUUUUACUCUUUGCUUUGUUUUUAUGCUUGCAUGUUAUCCGGGGCUCUCAAAAGAAACUGAGCAAUCACAUGACAUGGUCUGUUCUGAGGUUAUUGCCAAUAAAAGCUACAGCUGUGAGGGGCUGGGACUGCAGGAGGUACCAGAUGUGAUACCCCCCAGCACAGAGACACUGGAUUUCAGCUUUAACUCACUGCUUGCCCUUUAUUACUGGGUCUUCAGUCGUCUAACAAACCUGGAAUAUUUAGAUUUAACACGAUGCGGGAUUAACUGGAUAUACAAUGAUGCCUUUGGGAACAAAGCGAGGCUUAAUACAGUUAUACUUACUGGAAAUCCGAUAUUGUACAUUGCAGACACCGCAUUUCUAGGAGCAACCUCCCUUCAGCAUUUACACUUACAGGAAACCUCUAUAGUAGACAUAUCGUUCAUUCCCUUAAAAAGCUUAAAAGACCUGGUGAGUUUGCAUUUGGGAAGUAACUUCAUCUCCUCCAUAAGAUUUCCUCAAGACAUUACUUUGGACAACUUGACGUUGGUAAACUUUGCAUUAAACCAAAUAAACACAAUUUCUGUAAAAGAUUCAGAAUACUUCAAGAAAAUUCAAAAUCUGACUUUAAUUCUAAAGGGAAACAAUAUUGAAUACAUUGAGCCAAACGCAUUCAACCAUAGUUACUUCCAUCAAUUGGACCUUACUGGCUGUGGCUGGAAUACAAACCUAUCUUCUCUUUUAAAUGGUCUUAAUGGACUAACCACAAACGCCCUUGGAAUUGGCACAUUUAAAGACAUUAGUACAGAUUUUGAUAUAUUCCCAUGGAGUCUGAAUGGACUCUGUACUAUAUCCGUGAAGGAGCUCAGCCUACAGUACAGGGAAAUAUCUGAAGGAUCACAGGAAACCUUUUCCUGUUUGACAAAGAUUCAAAAACUGGACCUGACAAGCACAAACCUUAAAUUUCUGCAACGUCUGAGUCAACCCAGUGAUAUAAAAGAACUUAUUCUAGAUGGCAACAGUUUUUCCAGUCUUUGUAGUAUAAACUCAGGCAGUUUCCCACUAAUCACACAUUUACAGAUAGUUGGAAACAGAGACACUUGGGAUUGGGGGACCAAAUGCUUGGAGAACUUAUCAAAUCUAAAAUACUUGGACCUGAGUCACAAUGACUUUCGAAAAGCUAAAUGUUGUGGGGCUCAGUUCAGCGGUCUACAUAACCUCUCUCACCUGAAUCUCAGUUAUGGUUCACCACUCCCAUUAGACAGCCUGGCAUUUCCAGAGAACAUGCAGCUAGGAAUUCUAGAUUUUUCAAAUGUCUAUUUGUUAAUGGAUGAAUCUUUAAGUCCUUUUAGUAAUUUAGCUGAUCUGAGGAUCCUGAACCUGUCUUAUAGUCAUGUAAACACCAGCCAUAUGCAGCUUCUUGAGGGUCUGACAAGUUUGGUUUUCCUAAACAUGGAAGGAAAUUCAGUUCAUAAUGGGAUUCUGAAAAGUGAAAAUCUGUUUUCCAAAGUUCUACAGCUGGAAACCCUGAUACUAUCUAACUGUGACCUAGAAGUAUUAGAGAAACAAACUUUCCAGAAGCUGAAGAACUUGAAAUGUGUUGACCUUAGACACAACAAACUAACUACAUUUGCUACAAAUGCUUUUGGGAACCUAACUGACGUUUCCUUAAAUUUUGCUUUUAACAUGAUCUCGACAAUUCCUAUUGUUUUGGUGCAGAAUAUAUCAGAUAAAAGCAUAAUCAAUUUAAGUUACAAUCCCAUUGACUGUUCAUGCUCAAACCUAGAAUUUCUAACCUGGUUCAAGCAGCAUGAAAAGGUCUUUCAAGAUAAGUCAAAUACCGUGUGUGGAUCACCACCAUUUCUAGCUGGUACAGAGCUGACUAAAGUAGCAAUAACAUGUGGAAUUUCUCUUACACAUGUAUUAAUAAUUGUCAUAAUUACAUUUAUCUGCAUAAUCCUUAUAAUAUGGCUUAUACAGUAUUAUAGGAGGCGGAUUUAUGCUGCCAUUUAGAAACAAAUUAAUCCACCCCAUCACCAUCCCCAAAAAAAGAAACCAGAAGAUGAAUACAUUGUGUAAAAAAAUAUAAUCCCAUAUUUUUUAUUACAUUUAUUUUCAGAUUGCGUAUAUUUUUGUUAUUUUUUCUUAUCAUUGUGGAGGCAGCCAUCUUGACUGAGCUGCUACAACAGAGAUUUGGGUUACAGUUGCCACCUGGACCUAAGAGAAUAAAGUAAAAAAAAAUCUCCAAUGCUCUAUGCCAAGGUCAUUGUACAGGGAGGGGCAGGCUGAGCUGUAUCAUUCGCUUUCUGCUCUAUCAACAGUGGAUCCUGUGAUAUCUGCCUCAGAAUUUAUGACAGAGGUGUUGUCUGUCUUUGUAAUCCUUCCCCAUGGGUAUAGAGU